AUGCAAGCCCGGCGGCCUCCGGAGCCUGGCUCAAAAUCAGCCCGCGAGCUUCUCGAUCUGGUCCAAAAUGGGUUACAGACCUGGGGCUUGGCGGGCAGCGUCAACGCUCUCAGCGGAAACCCUAACGCUCCAUUGCGCAACAUGCCUGGUGGUAUGUCUGAGCUAAAUCGGCCCCGUCCCCCGAAGCAGGUCGGCGUGCCUGGAACACCAGGCAACCCUCUCGGGCCGCGCAAGAAGCAAGGGCGAAUCUACUCGCGUCGCAAGUCAUGCAUAAAGAAGCGUGACAUUCGCUGCCCAGCGGGCACAACCAUGACCAAAAAAACGACCAAGUACCCGAAGCUCCACCUCAACGGACGAGGCGGAGUCAUGGUGGCGUUUACGACCCUUUCGCCUUAUGCUCAUGAUAUCCUGGCAGCGGUCAAGAACUGGGACAACCCAGUUGGCGAGGCCGUAGCGUGGUUUGAUGGGGCGAUGGCAGGCCUCCAAGAAUCUAUUGGAGGAAAGAACGUACCCGAGAUCAAUGGCAACGAGCUAAAGCUAUGGCUAGUUUGUCUCUUCAGGAGCGAUAACCCAAGAUACCCGGACGCCGUUGACGAGGCGUGCCAGCGCCGUAAAAACGCGCCUCCGGAGGAGCAGCAGCAGCAGCAGCAGGCAAUUGAUGGUCUCAACCAAGUUGGAGAACUAUGCGAGACGGCUGAGGACCACCCCUCAGAUGAGAACAGGAAAACCGAGCUACUGAAGUCCUGUAACAAGUUUGCUGAGAUCUUGGAGAACAUGGUCGAUGCCAACGCAGGGCUAGUUCUAAUGGGAGAGGUGGCUCGUGCUCGAACGCUCAACAACCACGAUAUCGAAGACUCUGACCAGGCCGUGGUUGAAGGAUUCAUCGAAAAGGGCGCAUUCGGCCCAAAUACAAACCAAACAGAAACGAGUGAGCUCGCCUCUCUCUACCUGAGUCACAUGUCUGCCUAUAUUAUUGCAGAACAGGAAGAAGACGGUUCUGAAAUACUCAUUCAUCACGAUAUGCCGCCGGUGUGGCUCGAGUUGCUGCAGAUGGGAGCGGGUUACAUCCCAGAAGACAGAGCGGCUGUGAACGAGGCGCUACAGCUCCUUGAUGGCAGCCCCCAUCUUCGUUCUUUUGACAAAGAGGGAAGGCAGAGUCUGGUGGCGGUCCAGACUUGCUGGGACCAAGCGGGCUUGCUGGCGUUCCAGCCUCCUCAGUGGGACAUAAUUUCCGCUAGCAUCGUUUAUCUCGAGCGUAAGUUGCAGGACACCAACAGCGCCCUCGCGUGCGCACCGUGCAUAGCGCCCGCAGGCUUUUGGGUACUGCGUUGCGGAUCUGCCGUCCCGUAG